UGACGUCACACACGCGUCACUGUGGAGGAAUGUGCGGAAACUUCUGUGUACUUUUCUCCUUUUGCUUUCUGUCGAAGAAAAAGGCUCCAAGAGGCGUAAAAACUUCGGUUUCCUCUUCCAGCUCAGCAUGGCGGCUCAGACCGUGCUCUCGGUCGGGGUGUUUCCUGUCGGCGUUUCCCUGACAGACGACACUCAGGGACUCGGCUACAUGUCCAGGGACACGUUACCYGCCCCUCAGCUGGUGAUGCUGGCCAACGUGGCGGCGGUGGCGGAGGGCGGCGGAGACGCUGACGGAAGUGUGGCGGACGAGAAGGAAAUGAUGGAGCUGCAGACGGUGGGCUGCAGCUACUCCGACAGCGAGGAUGAGAAUGUCAUCAGGUACAGCUACGACAACCAGAACAACCGGGAAGUUUGCAUCGUCGAGUAUCCGGAGUCUCCGAACCCGGCCAUCGAGCUUGCCGCCAGCGGAGACUACAGAGGUGAUGAUGAUGAUGAAGARCACGCAGCCGAAGCAGUCCCCUCGAAGCCCCGCCCCUCCACCUGCACCGACGCACCUGAGCCGAGCGCCGCUCCUGCGGUCGCGGCCCCGGCUGCCGCAGACGGGGCGCAGAAGAAGAAGCCGCUGCGCUGCAAGCCGUGCCACUUCCAGGCGCAGAACGAGCAGGAGUUCCUGGACCACCUGAGCACGCACAGCCUCAGCAAGAUGAUGGUGGUCCACCAGGUGGAGGGGCGGAGCAAGAGCAAGGCCGCGGAGACGGAAACACCUGAGGCCCAGGCUCAGACGGGCGAGGGCAGCGGCGAGGCGGCGGCGGGAGACGUCAAAGGGCUGAUCAGGUGCGAGCGCUGCGGCUACAACACCAACCGCUACGACCACUACAUCGCUCACCUGAAGCACCACAGCAAGGAGGGCGACRACCACAGGGUGUUUAAGUGCACGCUGUGCCCGUACACCACCGUCAGCCAGUACCACUGGAGGAAACACCUGAGGAACCACUUCCCCAGCAAGCUGCACACCUGCAGCCAGUGCUCCUACUUCUCCGACCGCAAGAGCAACUACAUCCAGCACAUCCGCACACACACAGGUGUGCGUCCGUUCCAGUGUCUGUUCUGCGACUACUCCAGCUCCCAGAAGACUCACCUGACCCGACACAUGAGGACUCACUCAGGCGAGCGGCCCUUCAAGUGCGACAGCUGCAACUACCUGGCGGCCAAUCAGCAUGAGGUGACGCGCCACACCCGGCAGGUCCACAAUGGGCCCAAGCCCCUUGCCUGUCCGUACUGCGAGUACAAAACGGCGGACCGCAGCAACUUCAAGAAGCACGUGGAGCUCCACCUGAACCCGCGCCAGUUCCUCUGCCCGCUUUGCAAGUAUGCCGCCUCCAAGAAAUGCAACCUGCAGUACCACAUCAAGUCCCGGCACUCGGGCUGCGACGUGGACCUGGACGUGUCCAAAGUCAAGCUGCGCAUCAAGAAACCCGGUCCCGAUGGUGCCGACGAGGACUCUGAUGCCAAACGAGACACGUCGGAGAACCAGUCCGGCAUCGAGGAGGACGUGGAGGAGGACGUGGACAUGGAGGAUGACUCCAGCCCCAUCAAUCUGUCCGUUUGGAAGACCAGCGCCGACCCAAGUGAAACUGCCGAGAACCCGGACGUCCCGUCUGAGAAGGAGAAACCACCAAAGGUCAAAGAGGUGGAGAAGAAGGUCACGACUAGGCAGAAGAAGGUCAAGGAGAACUUUAAAGACGCUGCAAAUACCGACGGCAAGGCAAAGAAACGAGUCAARAAGCUUCCGGCUGUCCAGAACCAAACAGAGGACCCCAAACCCCUCAAAGACCAAGCCGAGAAGGAGGGUUCUGACCCGCAACCACCAGAAGAACCCAUCCCCGAGAAGGAACCUCAGAAGAGCGACAACAAAACCCUCAGCAAGACCAGGAAGUCUGGUUCUAAUAGGUCCAAGAAGAGUCCAGAGUCACAGAAACCCAACGGUUCUGACAGAAAACCCAAAGUGAAGGGGGUCAAAGAAAAGCCUGCCAAGAGGAAAGGAUCCGAAGCUUUGGAUCUGUCCGAAAAGUCCUCUAAGACCCGGCGUCUGAAAGCUCCUGAGAAGCUGCCAUCCAAACCUGAAGACGCCGACAAGAAACUCGAGUCCGGUCCAACAGAACCGCCCAUUAGARCCAAGCCUGUCAAGCAGGGUAAGACCAGAACCUCCAGCAAGAAAGCCUCAAAGAAAGACCUGACAACCUUUGAGACCAGUGAGGUCCUGGAAAGUUCUGAUCAGCCAACAGGAAGCGGUCCCGCUCAGACGGCUGAAGUGACCCCACCAGAACCCAGACUUCCUGACCAGCCCGACAGUUCCCGAGCGGACCCGUCAAGCCCGACCUUCGUCAAACCCUCGCCGCCAYCCCGGCUGGUGCUCCCGGGUCAGCGCGGCAAGCCGGCUGAGCCUGAGGACGACGAGGGCAUCCACAGCAGCCACGAGGGAGGAAGUGACAUCAGCGACAGCGCCUCGGAGGGCAGCGAUGACUCGGGCCUCAACGGGAACGGCGCCGGCCCGGCCAAGACAGCCGACGACCCGGAGACGCCCACCGACGAGAUCCCCACGCCAACGGAGCUGAAGGGCCACACGUGCAUUUUCUGCGACCGCACCUUCCCGCUGGAGGUGCAGUACCGCCGCCACCUGAACCGCCACCUGGUCAACGUGUACUACCUGGACGCCACGGCUCAGAAAUAGGACUGGUGUCCAAAUUUAAAAUCACGUCCAUGUUUCAGUGGCCACAAGAGACGAGGCCAUGCAGACGGCCCGUCUCUGUCGUGUUUUUUUUUUACUUCCUGACAACCAGAUGAACUUCCUGAGAGGGGUCAGAUACCAGAGCGAUGAUGAUGAUGUGUUGGAUCUUUUUUUUUUUCAGUGUAAAUAUUUAUGUGCAAUAUUCCCCUGUAGUUGAGAUGCCAAAGUGUUUUUUUUUUUUUUUUUUUUAUGUUUGUUAUGAAACAUAAAAUAAACUCCAUCAAAUGUUG